AACAGAAAGAGAAGAGGGAAGGAUUUUGGGUGAGAGGCCUUGGAGAAGAUAAAACAAGAGCGCCGAUUUUUUAUUUUUAUUCUUUUUUCUUGGCGUCCAAACACAUCUUGCAGAGGCAGGAAGUUGGAAAAACUGAUCUGGGGUUGUCUUAUUUUCUCGGGGAAAUGGAUAGUUUUUUCAGAAAAUUUGCUUCUUUUUCUACGUUUUUGCUGCUAUGUAAUGGACUCUUCUCCUUGUAGUUCUUCUUCUAAUCUUUGGAGCUUCAUUCACUGAUUUUUGUUUGAGAUUUCGCUGAUGGGUCAUUGUUUAUUUGUUGAAAUGCAGAGUAAUUAUAGAUAUUUUUGAAGGAUUUUCUUUGAUCUUGAGAGAUAUAGAAAUGGAUAAGGAAGGGAAGAAUCAGAAAGGGUGUAGAGGUUCGGAACCAGACUUUCUGUUGAGGUGGGGGAACAGGAAGAGACUUAGAUGUGUGAAAGUCAAAGAUGGAAGAAACGUUGCAGAGAAAUCAGACUGCUUGGGUAGCAAGAAAAUCACCUCUCGUGUUGAUCGCCGCGUUGUCACUGCCGAGAAGGAGACUCCCUCUCCACAAACCCAUCGUCUGAAUAGGAUCUCGGAUUCACCAAUGAAAAACAGAGAGAAUCGGAAGAUAUCGGCGACUUCGCCGGAAAAGGAAGAUCGGUACUACACAACAAGAGGGUCAAUGGGGAUGAUGGAUGAUAAUGGGAAAGUGUUGAUGGAUCAUGGAGGAGAGGAUAGAGGGACCGUUUGGCCAAAGCUGUUUAUUUCAUUGUCGAGCAAAGAAAAAGAGGAGGAUUUCAUGGCUAUGAAAGGGUGUAAGCUUCCUCAGAGGCCUAAGAAAAGAGCCAAGUUGAUCCAAAAAACCUUACUUUUGGUGAGUCCAGGUGCAUGGCUAUCAGACCUGUGCCAAGAGAGGUAUGAAGUGAGGGAGAAGAAGGCUUCCAAGAAGAGACCCAGAGGAUUGAAGGCCAUGGGAAGCAUGGAGAGUGAUUCAGAAUGACACAGAGAAGAGAAACAGAGGCAACAAGAUUUGAUUUUUUUUUUUUUUGGUUUCCUUCAUUUUUUUGGUAGUUAGAGGAGAAAAUUAGAGAGAUAACAAGAAGAAAAGAAAUGAAAGAAAAGUGGGUUGGUUCUCUAUCUCUAUCUCUUACCCUUUCUCUGUGUCACAAAAAUAAAAAUGUUUGUCAUUUCUGAUAUAUAGUGAUAGACUUCUCUUUCAUGAAGCUUUUUCCAGUUAUAAUGCUA